AUGUCCGAAAGUGAAGAUUUUGAAUCAUUCAAAGUACUUGAACUUCAAAACGAACUUAAAAAACGUGGUCUUGAUACAAAAGGACGUAAAGCUGAUUUAAUUGAUCGAUUACGUCAAGCAAUUAAUAAUGGAACGGAAGCUGGUGAUGCAACAAUAAAUGAUUCUACGCAGAGUGAGGAUGAUGAUGAAUCAGCUACAGCUAUAAUAGAAGAUACUAAUAAAGAUAAUGAUGAUGAACAAGAACAAACAUCAAUUGAACGAAAUUCACCAACAAUUGAAGAACAAGAUAUAGAUGAAUCAUCAUCAUCAUCAAAUAAAAAACGUCGUCUAACAGAUGAAGAAAUAGAAAAAGAAAAUGAAGAUAAUUCAAAUGAAAAUCAAAUGAAUAAAAUAGAAAAUGAUGAUGAUCUAUCAAAACAAAAACGUAAAAAAAAAAGUCGUUGGGGUUUAGAACAAGAUGAAGAAUCAUCAGAAAAACAAUCAACUACAAAACAAACAUCCGAUAAUGAUGACGAUGAUGAUGAUGAUGAUGAUGAUGAUGAUGAUGAUGAUGAUGACAAUGAUAAUAAUAGUAGUAGUAGACAUCGAGAACGAGAUCAUGAUCGUGAUUAUCAUCGAUCAUCAAGACAACGUGAUGACGAUCGACAUUAUAGUAGUCGACAUUCAGAAAAAUCAACGGAAAGAGAAAUACCACUUCCUGAAGAAGAAACAGUACAAUUUAAUAAUGAUGAUGUUGUUCUUGAUUUUUAUACCUCUGAUUUAAAUCUUACUAUUAAUUCGGAUUGUUUAUCAGCAUCGAAUAAAUCUAAUGAUGCAUUAUGUUUCUUAUGGGCUGGUGUUCGCGCAACAUAUGGAUUUAAACAGGGAAAAAUUUGCUAUGAAAUACGAAUAACUGAAAUGAUAAAUUGUCCACAAAUGCCUGAUAGUGAAAAAGAAAAAUUCGGUAUUCGUGUGGGUUGGUCAAAUUUAUCUUCAGGUCAUCAAGCACUUCAAUUAGGUGAAUUUAAUGAUUCAUUUGCUUAUACAUCAACUGGUAAAAAAAUGAGUAAAACAAAUGAUGAAUUUAUUGAAGAGACCUAUGGUGAAUCAUUUGGACAAUCUGAUAUUAUUGGUUGUUAUAUUGAUUUUGGAGAUAAUACAGAAGAUAAUUUAAUUCGUAUAUCAUUUACAAAAAAUGGUGAAGAUUAUGGUCAAGCAUUUGAAUUUUCAAAAACAAAUUUCAAUGAAUUUUAUCCACAUAUAUUAGUUAAAAAUGUUAAAUUUGAAUGUAAUUUUGGUCAAUUAGAACAUUCAUGGUCGGAAAUGAAAUCUGAUUAUAUAUUUGCACAACAAAUUCCUUUAUCUGAUCGUAUACAUUGUUCGGAACCAAUUUUAGAAAAAUCAAAUUGUCAAGUUAUUCUUCUUUCGGGUUUAAAUGGAUCGGGUAAAACAACAUGGGCAAAAAAACAUAUAGAAGAGAAUCCAAAAAAAGAUUUUAAUUUAUUAAAUAUUGAAUAUGUUCUUAGUAAAAUGACGACGGAUGGAAAAUUACCAAUUAUAAAAGAUCGUAAUGAUGGUGUAAUGUUACGUGUGAAUAUAUGUUUACAAAAAUUAAUUGAAAUAGCUGCACAACGUCGACGAAGUUACAUAAUUGAUCAUGUAAAUACAACACGAGAAAGUCAAUCAAAACGUCAACGUUUAUUUACUGGUUAUCAUCGAAUUGGUGUUAUUAUUAUACCUGAUGAUGAUGAAUUAAAACGACGUAUUGAAAAAUUAGAAAAAUUUGAAAGUAUUUCAAUACCAUCACAAUGGAUUAGAGAAACUAAAGCAAAAUUUUAUUUACCACAAAAAAGUUCAUCAUUAGAAGAUGUUAUUUAUACUGAAUUAUCUUAUGAUGAUGCAAAAUUAUUAUAUGAUAAAAUACGUCGAGAUUAUGAUCAACAUCGUUCAUCAUCAUCAUCACGUUAUGAUCGACAUGAUGAUUAUCAUUCAUCACGUAAUAAUAAUCGAAGUCGUUAUGAUGAUCGUGAUCGUCGUGAUCGUGAUCGUGAUCGUUAUGUUCGUUCACGUUCACGUUCACGUGAUCGAGAUCGUCGAACAUCAUCACGUGAUGAUUCAAGAUUUUCAUCAUCACAUAGAAACGAUAAUUAUCGUGGCGGUGGCGGCGGUGGCGGCGGUGGUGGUGGUAGUGGUGGUUAUUCACGCGGUGGUAAUAAUCGUUAUUCUGACCAUCGACAAGAUUCAAGAAAUAAUCAACGUAGUGGUUUUCAUGAAGGUGGUGGCGGUGGUAAUAAUAAUUAUCGUGGAAGAGGAAAUAACUAUAAUAAUCAAUCAAAUGAUGAAUGGCGUGGUGGAUAUCAUCAUCAACGAAAUGAUUUUAAUAGUGGUGGACGUAAUCGUGGUGGUUUUGAUAAUAAUAGAAAUCAAUAUAAUAAUAAUAAUCGUGGUUCAUAUCAUGAUAAUCAACGUACUGGUGGAUUUCGACAAGAUUUUAAUAAUCAACAAAGAGGUAGACAAUUUAAUGAUUAUGAUAAUCAACAACAACCACAACAACAAAGUGGUGGAAGAGGAUUUAUGCAGAAUAAUAACAAUUUUAAUCAACAACAUGAUAGACAAAAUUUUGUUUCUAGACCACCUAUACAACAACAACAACAACAACAACAACAUUCAUUUCAUAAUCCACAACAACAGCAACGAUUACAACCACUUCUUCAAAAUCUACCAUCGAAUCAACAACAAUUUCCGUCUCAUCUGCAACAACAAACAGCAAAUAAUCCUAAUCUAUCAUUACCAACACAAAGUUCAUUAAAUGUUAAUCCAUUAUCUAACUCUGCUAAUGUUACUCAACAAAAUCCACUUGAUCCAUGGCUUGCAUUAUGUGCAGCCGCUCUUAAUUCACAACCUGCAGCAGCAGCAGCACCUCAACAACCACAACAAGAUACAAAUUCCUUAACUCAACAAUGGGCACAAUGGUUAAAAACAGCACAAAUGGCACAAACAGCACAACAAGCUCAACCUCAAUUAACAGUUCAGCAAACUGAUUCGCAUCAACAACAGACACAAAUUCCAGAUGCAAGUGCUUUGUACUAUCAAGCAUAUUAUGCUCAAUUAGCUGCUGCUCAACAACAAGCAGCAGCAGCUGCUGCUGCCGCUGCCGCUGCAGCUGGAUCAACAAAUGGAGGUGUUGCACCACCACACAGUAGUGAUAAAUAG